AUCUUUCUGUUCGCAAUAAAUUUGUUUACAUGUCUGCAUAUUUCUGUCAAUAAAUACCUACAUGAAAAUGGCAUUGUUUAAAUCAUUUUUUGCCCGGCAAAUGUUAAGCACUCAUCAGGCAGUACUCUCCACAAUCAGGACACAAUCCACCAACCUCAAACCAGACCCAGAUGCCCCAGUUGAAAUGGAAAAUCCAUUCAAAAAAGAACUGAAACAAUGUAUACUCUGUAAACUUAAUAUAGAUCCCGAUUACAAGAAUUACAGAUUAUUAUCGCAAUUUCAAUCUCCGUACACGGGCAGAAUCUACCCGAGGCAUAUAACUGGUCUAUGUAAAAGAAAACAGAUGCAAGUGGAGCAGGAAAUAACCAAGGCUCAGGAUUUAGCCUAUAUGCCGUACACUUACAAACAUAAAAUAUUUUUGAAAGAUCCAAAAUUGUUUGACCCUGAAAACCCAGUGCGUUCUCAUAGAUUUUAAUUUUUUUAAGUUAAUGAUAUUUAGUUAGUUAGAGUAAUAAAAUGUUAAAAUAAA